UAACAGAUUUUGAGCUUAAAUUUGGUCUGAAGGUAGCUGAGGGUUGUCUCCAACACAUUCCUUAAACACAAAAAGCCUUGUCACACUAUAACAUCAUGCAACAACAACUUAUGCUGACUUAUCCAAUACAUAGUGCUGGAUAAUUCAAUAUCAAUAUACAGUAUAUUAUUGUCAAAUAUCAAAUAUUUCAUCAAUAUCUCAUAAUGAGUUAAAUGUUUCUCUUAUGGGGCAUCUUUUUUUUAAUUCAGGAAUUAUCAACCUAUGCAAGCCUGGAAACUCUGGAAUCCAAUCUCUAAUUGGCUUACUCUGCAUACCAAAUAUGGAAGUUAGAAAAGGUUUGUUGGAGGUGUUGUAUGAGAUUUUCAGGCUUCCUGUUCCAAUUGUAACCCAAGACUUUGUAGAAGCUCUUCAAAGUGUUGAUCCCGCCAGGUUUCAGGACACCUGGAGACUCUCUGAUGGGUUUAUUGCUGCUGAAGCUAAAGUCGUCCUACCCCACCGGGCCCGCUCCAGGCCUGACCUGAUGGACAACUACCUGGCUUUUGUGCUGUCUGCCUUCAUCACCAGCGGGCUGUUAGAGGGUCUUGUUGAAGUUGUGACCAGCAAUGAUGACCAGCUUGCUAUCAGAGCCACUAUACUGUUAGGAGAGCUUCUACACAUGGCAAACACCAUUCUUCCUCAUUCCCACAGCCACCACCUGCACUGCCUCCCCACCCUCAUCAACAUGGCAGCCUCAUUUGACAUCCUCCCAGAGAAACGACUCCGUGCAAGUGCAGCCGUGAACAACCUGAAGCGUUUCCACGAGAAGAAGAAGAAAGGUUUGAAGCCACACAGCCUUUACUUGGACCACAUCAUUCGCAAGUCUGUGUCGUCACACAACCGCAGAGAAUCACACUCGCGUGCCCAAAGAGACAUCUACGUCAUAAAGGACACAGAAGAAACACUGAUGAUAAACCUGAGAGACAGUCAAAUUCUCAACCACAAGCAGAACCUGGAGUGGAACUGGUUACUGAUUGCCACCAUUCUUAAGUGGCCAAAUGUGAACCUCAGGAACAACAAAGAUGAACAGAUGCACAGGUUUGUUCGGAGGCUGCUGUACUUCUAUAAGCCCAGUAGUAAACUGUAUGCUGGGCUGGCUUUGGAUCACGCCAAGGCCAGGCAACUCACCGUGGUUGGGUGUCAGUUCAUGGAGUUCCUCGUGGACUCUGACGAGGACGGUCAGGGCUAUCUGGAGGAGCUUGUGAGGGACAUGGUGUCGUGGCUGUCCUCGUGCUCGGGCCUGAAGCCCGAGCGCAGCCUGCAGAGCAACGGCCUGCUCACCACACUCAGCCAGCACUAUUUCCUCUUCCUGGGGACACUUUCUGCACACCCACAGGGGGUCAAACUGCUGGAGAAAUGUGGCCUGUUUCAGUGCCUGCUGAACUUGUGCUCUGUGAAGAACCAGGACGCCGUGCUGAAACUGGCCGUGUCCACUCUGGACUACAGCAGAGACGGUCUGGCCAGGGUGAUCCUGUCAAAGGUCCUCACUGCUGCCACUGAUGUCUGCAGGCUGUACGCCACCAAGCACCUCCGUGUGCUGCUGCGUGCCGGUGUGGAGUUCUUCAGUAGUUGGGGCAUGGAGCUUCUGGUCACACAGCUUCACGACCACAGCAAGGCUGUGUCCAUGGAGGCUCUGGACAUCCUGGAUGAGGCCUGUGAAGACAAGGCCAACCUUCAUGCUCUGAUUCAGCUGAAACCAGCUGUGUCCCACCUGGGAGACAAAGGCCUCCUGCUGCUCCUCAGGUUCCUGUCCAUUCCCAAAGGUUUCUCCUACCUCAAUGAGAGGGGUUAUGUCAGCAAACAGCUGGAUAAAUGGCACAAGGAGUACAACCUGAAAUAUGUGGAUCUGAUAGAGGAGCAGCUCAACGAAGCGCUAACAACGUACCGCAAACCCGUCGAUGGGGACAACUACGUCAGACGCAGCAACCAAAGGUUACAAAGACCAAAUGUGUAUUUACCUGUGCACUUGUACGGUCAGCUGGUUCAUGAUAAAACCGGCUGUCAUCUGUUGGAGUCUCAGAAUAUAGUUCCAGACCUCAGCUACAUGGUCCGCUUCCCGAUGCUGGACACCUGGGAGGGCAUUAAACAGCUGAAGGCUGCUCUCUGGGCUCUGGGCAACAUUGGCUCUUCUAACUGGGGACUGAAUCUCCUGCAAGAGGAGAAUGUGCUCCCUGACAUCCUGACAUUGGCUCAGCACUGCGAGGUGCUGUCAGUGCGUGGGACCUGUGUUUAUGUCCUUGGUGUGAUUUCCAAGACCAAACAGGGCUGUGAGGUGCUCAAGCAGUACAGCUGGGAUGCGGUCAGACACAGUCGCCGGACACUGUGGCCCGUCACUCCGGACGAGGUCGACACGCAGCCCACCUCUGAGCUGUCUUCAGUACCGAGCACGCUCAGUCUGAACUCUGAGUCCACCAGCUCCCGCCACAACAGUGAAAGCGAGUCUCAACCAAACGUGUACAUCCUGGACGAUGAAAAGUGUGACAUUCUGGACUCUGAUUACUACACACACUCCAAAACCAUCAAAGAUCGCAGCCCCUUCACGUUCAUAUCGUCUUCGCGUUUUGUUCGCCCCCGCUUCCUCAACUCGCUGUCCCUCCCCAGCAAGAAAAUACGCUCUACUAGUGAUCCUAAGGCCAUCUCUGGCUGCCACACCCCCACUGAGGUGAAGACCGACAGCCUGAGACGGAACAGGACGGUGACGGAGCCGUCCAUUUACAGCCCGAACCAGGGGGACGUCUUCAUCUCGGUGUUCAAUGGCAGAGGAAUGCCAAGAAGUCCAACGGUUAGCCUAGAGACGUCUUUUGUUGGGACCAGGGGGGGCUCUGAGGAGCAGCUUGUGGACGGCAGGCUGGUGAAGGGUGGGGGAGGCUCAGGCCUCGGGCUCAGCGGUCUAGGCGGACACGGGGCCGUGGAGCAGCAUAUCCGGGAGAGGGAGCAGAGCAGCCGAGAGCGUCUGGCAGGAGACGGAGGCUCCUCCUCCGGCGGAGUCAACGUGGGAGGGAGCGGCGGGGGUACGCAGUUUAAAAGCCGCAGUCAGAGCUUUAACACGGACACCACGACCAGCGGCAUCAGCUCCAUGAGCUCCAGCCCCUCCCGGGAAACCGUGGGGAACCCCGAGCAGCCUGAGCUGGACUCCGCCGACUGCGUGAGCCUCAACACCGUUGUGUCUGCCAGAACUGUCAAAACCCUCUCCCCCCUCAGCCCCCAGGCUCAGACUAACCACAUGUCCACGUCCAAGUCCUCCGCCGUCUCUCUGGUACCGCCGGGCUCCUCGCACACGCUCCCCCGCCGAGCUCAGUCCCUCAAAUCCCCCUCCGUGACCACCAUUAAGAGCCUGGCCGACUGCAGCUUCAUGUACACCAGCCCGAGGGACGCGCUGGGCUACGCCACGCUGAAGAGGCUGCAGCAGCAGAGGAUACACCCGUCUUUGUCCCACAGUGAGGCGCUGGCCUCGCCUGCCAAAGACGUGCUGUUUACAGACACCAUCACCAUGAAGACCGGCAGCCUGGACUCCAGGUUAACCCCUCGCAGAUUCCUGAAAGCUCUCAGCUUUGCCUCUCUGGAUAAAGAGGAGCUGCUCAGCCCCAUCAACCAAAGCACCCUGCACCGCUGCUCCUCAGUGCGCUCGAUGGUCUCCAGUGCCACCUUCGGCUGCAGCGACGACUACGUUGGCCUGGCGCUGCCUGUGAACAUCAACGAUAUGUUCCACAUUAGGGACUCGACCUACUUUCAGCAGAGGAUCAGCCCGCCCUCAGAGGAGCGGAAACGCUUCCUCUUUGGUGACGGAGAUGGAGAUCGGCCUGCUGUCCCGUUACUGAAGCAGCAGUUCAGUAUCUCUGAGCUGAUCGUGUGUCGAGGCGAGACCCCUAACCACAUAGUGGGCUCAGAGGAGACGGGCCUGCAGGAUCACACUGAAGAAAACUGCCUGUACUGCGUGGGAGCCAUCGUUCUGGGAUAUCCCACAAAGCCACAGAUCAACAGCACACACUCUCGCACAGCAGAUUAUGUUGACUUCCCAUCAUGGGGAGGACAGAGCGGUCAUCGUCUGGAGGUGAUGCCCCAGUCCAAGUUCUCCGGGGUGUCAGGCUGCAGCGAUGCUGCCGUGUCGCAGGGCUCGGUUUGCAGCACGCCCACACCCAGUGACAUUGUCAUUGGUGGCAAGGCGAUAUCUGAGGACGGCCCCGCCUCUCGGGUCUUGCUGAGGAAGGAGAUUCUCCGCCUCAUCAUCAAUCUCAGCUCCUCUGUAGGAACCAAAGGCCACGAAACAGGACUACUGACGAUAAAAGAAAAGUUUCCAUAUGCGUUUGAUGACAUAUGCCUGUACUCCGAGGUUUCUCACCUCUUAGCCCACUGUAUGUUUCGCCUGACCUCAAGACGCUUCAUACAGGAGCUCUUCCAGGACGUUCAGUUCAUGCCAAUGUACGAAGAAGCCGAGGUGAUGCUGACGAAGCUACCAAAACCGGCCGAGGAGGACGUUAACCCCCCAGCAGAGUCCUGAUCCUCCCCGCGCCCCACCCUGUUCUGUGCACUGCUUCAGUCCCGGCUCCUAACAAUCAUGGACAGAAGGCAGAGACUGGGGCUCCAAGGACAGGAAAGAUUUGGGGCGUGUUCCUAUUCUGCUUCAAACAAAAGUAUCGCCGCCAAGGAAAAAGAAGACGGUCGUCACCCGAACGUUCUUUGAGCAAAUAUGAGCUGGAAACAAAAAAAGACAUCUGUUUCUGCAAAACAAAUUGACCAAGACAAAACCACAGGGAGCAGUUUAGAUGAAUUCUGUUCUCACGUGAGGUUGGGAAUCUCGAGCAACACUCAGUUAUAUAUUAAAAAUAAUGCUAAAGGACAAGUUGGAUCAUUAGGACGAAUUCUCAUCUUGUUUUAAAACCACGCAUUAUGUUAUUUUACAGAUGAGGUGAUUUUCUGUCAUGGAAUGAAUUAGGCACGUUGUCCGAACGACUCGAGGUUCCUCAGACCUUUUCUUCAACAAAACACUACAGAAGGAUCCUGCUGUUUUAACUCUUAACUCGAACCUCCCUGGUUCUUGUCCCACUCCGUUUUAGCCAGAUAUGUGCUUUUGCGUCUCUUUCCUCACCACCUCUUACAACUUUUAGCCUCUUAUCCACUCAUUACCUUUCUAUUUCCUCUAUUACAGACAAUCAAACAUCACUAAUGUUGUAUUUUCUAAAGCAUUAUAUCGACCACCUCUCUACUCCAUAGAUAAGAAGCAUAGCAUGUAAGUUAAUGAUAGUUUAUUCCAUCCUUUACUUGCUUAGGACCUUUUUAAUGUUUUUUUCUUCAGCCGUUGCAUUUCUGCUAGGCCUCAUGAAGGUGGUCUUUGAAAGACUCUCACUUGUGUAAGUUAUAUUUCGAAUGGUUGAUGACAUUUCUAGCACCAAACAGCGCACACACUUUUCCGUGAACCUCGCAGCUUCUUUUCACAAUGCCUUCUUACCUCUGCACUUCACCUUUACCGCAUGUUCAACAAGCAUGGCAAAGUUGUGACGCCACCCUGCCGUAUUUCUGGCUUUGAAAACCCUUUUUUUUUUAAUAGGAUGCCAUCACAUGCUGCCAUACCUUGUAGGACUGUAGUUAUCCCAGGAUCUGUUUCCACAAUGCAAUAUAUCACUAUGUGUCAUUUGGUGAGGAGGAGGAGAGCGGUGCAGUGCUAUGACUAAAGGAUAUGUAAAAGGUUUGUUUUUGCUAUAAUGCUGCUACACAAAURGACUCGUAGAGGUGAUUCAUAGAUCUGCUGAGUGAUGUCAGACCCGAUCUAUUUAUUGUCUGUACCACAGUGAGCUCAACCAGAGAAGAAGAAAAAGUUAUUUAUAUUUUUCCUCAAGACUGUAUAAUAAUUUAAUUUUUUUCCUUUUUUUGUUUUUGUUUUUGUUCUUUGUUUUUGCCUGAAUUGUGGUUUCCCUUGUAUAAUGUGUACAGUAUGUUUUUGGGGGCAUUUAUGACCUAAAGAAACAUACAAUCCUAUCAAAGGGAUGCAUUGUUAAUAAAAACAAAAUUGGAAACACUUGAA